AUGGAUAUGCCACAAUUACUGAACCUCUGCGAGCCCUUACCCACAAGAACCAUGCCUGGGAGUGGAUGGACAAGCAAGAACAUGCCCUGGCCCAGCUCUGGCAUGUGUUUGGCCAAUGCACCUGUCACAGCGUGCUUCAACCCUGGGAAAACAACUGAAAUCUCUGUUGAUGCAAGCCCGGUUGGGCUAGGCGCUAUCUUAGCGCAAAUCGAUCCCACAACCAAAGUCAAGCGUAUCAUUGCGUAUGCCAGCCGGUCUCUGACCACCACCGAGCAACGCUACAGCCAGACUGAGCCCUCGCUGUAG